CCGACAAGACACCGGAAGUCAACAUGUCGAGCCUGCACAAGAGCAAGAUCGCAGAGUUCCGUAGCGUUCUUAAUGAACCCAGCAUAAACUUGCCCCAGCUGAGAGAACUGUGUUUUAGAGGAAUUCCCUUUGAGGGGGGUAUCCGAUGUCUGUGUUGGAAGAUCCUUCUUAACUACUUACCUACAGAGAAAGCCGUAUGGGACUCUGUGUUACAGAAGCAGAGGGAAACAUAUUCUAACUUCCUGCGAGAAAUGAUCAUCCAGCCAGGAAUUGCCAAAGCCAAACUUGGGUUGUCUCGGGAGGAUGUGACGCUGGAAGAUCAUCCGCUAAACCCAAAUCCAGACAGUCGAUGGAAUACAUACUUCAAAGAUAAUGAGGUGCUGCUGCAGAUAGACAAGGAUGUCAGAAGACUGUGUCCUGACAUUUCAUUCUUCCAGCAUCCCACCGAGUACCCCUGUCUUCUCAUAAUGGACCCUCUGAAUGAAUAUGAGACCUUACGAAAGCGAGUACAACAAACUACUCUAAAGUCUCAGACAGUAGCACGGAACCGGAGCGGCCUUACCAACGUGAGCUCCCCUCGGAAACCCUCAGCUUCUUAUCCCUCAAAUGAGUACGAGCUGCUACCCAGUGGCUGCGAAGCACACUGGGAAGUGGUUGAGCGAAUCCUGUUCAUAUUUGCCAAGCUGAACCCAGGCAUUGCCUAUGUACAGGGCAUGAAUGAAAUAGUUGGACCAAUUUACUACACGUUUGCCACAAACCCCAACAGUGAGUGGAAAGAACAUGCUGAGGCAGACACGUUCUUCUGCUUUACUAACCUGAUGGCCGAGAUCCGAGAUAAUUUCAUCAAGAGCCUUGAUGACUCUCAGUGCGGCAUAACCUCCAAGAUGGAGCGAGUUUAUUCCACCCUAAAGGAGGAGGACAUGGAGCUUUACCUGAAGCUGCAAGAUUUGAACAUAAAGCCUCAGUUCUUUGCUUUCCGUUGGCUGACGUUGCUCCUGUCCCAGGAGUUUCUGCUUCCUGACGUCAUCCGGAUCUGGGAUUCUCUGUUUGCUGAUGAGCAUAGGUUUGACUUUCUCCUCCGGGUCUCCUGCGCUAUGUUAAUUUUGAUUCGGGAUCAGUUACUAGAAGGCGACUUCACAGGGGACAUGAGGCUUCUGCAGGAUUACCCUCUCACAGAUGUGCAUCCCAUCCUCAAGAAAGCAAAGGAACUGCAGGACUCGAAAUAAGCACCACACACCCUGCAACCCAACACUCCACAAGGGAAUCUGUACCAGAGGAAGCAGCCGGGCGAACUGCCGUAACCUAGCAACACAAGCAGACUGUUCUAUCAGAGAUCCGGACACUGGUUUUAUUCUGCUGCAGAUCCUGAUCACACAAACAAGUGCACAAUCAGUCACAAUCAUUUAUUUGUCUGUCACCUGUAGCAGGUACCGUAAGCGUUGUCUGAUCAAGCGCCCUUUAUGUACUGCGUGGUGAGGACAGUGCACUUAAAUGUGCCUACACUUGACUUGUUUGGGGUGGCACACAUUGCAGUGUGUUACUGGCCCUCUGGUGAGGUCACUCCUGAUAUGGGUCUGCGUAAUGUAUGAUCAGACUGUUACUAACACACAUUGUAGUCCUCAGGGCCUGUCCUGCAGUAACACACAUUGUAGUCCUCAAGGACUGGCCUGCAGUAACACACAUUGUAGUCCUCAAGGACUGGUCUGCAGUAACACACAUUCUAGUCCACAAGGACUGACCUGCAGUAGCACACAUUCUAGUCCUCAAGGACUGACCUGCAGUAACACACAUUCUAGUCCUCAAGGACUGACCUGCAGUAGCACACAUUCUAGUCCUCAAGGACUGACCUGCAGUAACACAUUCUAGUCCUCAAGGACUGACCUGCAGUAACACACAUUGUAGUCCUCAGGGCCUGAACUGCAGUAACACACAUUGUAGUCCUCAACAACUGGCCUGCAGUAACACACAUUCUAGUCCUCCAGGACUGGCCUGCAGUAACACACAUUGUAGUCCUCAGGGCCUGACCUGAAGUAACACACAUUGUAGUCCUCAGGGCCUGACCUGCUGUAACACACAUAGUAGUCCUCAGGGCCUGACCUACAGUAACACACAUUGUAGUCCUCAGGGCCUGUCCUGCAGUAACACACAUUGUAGUUCUCAGGGCCUGUCCUGCAGUAACACACAUUGUAGUCCUCAGGGCCUGGCCUGCAGUAACACACAUUGUAGUUCUCAGGGCCUGUCCUGCUGUAACACACAUUGUAGUCCUCAGGGCCUGGCCUGCAGUAACACACAUUGUAGUCCUCAGGGCCUGCAGUAACACACAUUUGUUAUUAGAACUAGCACCGCAUUACACAGACUACAAGCGGCUCUGAUUUGUUCUUCGUUAAGUACCAUAUCAUGUCAUUUGGAGAUUUAUCCGGCUGCAGAACUGUCUCUUUCAGACCCUCCUGCUUGAAGUGCAAUUAACGUUACCCUAUUGUGUGUUUUUUUUGUUGUUUUUUUGCACGUUUGGGAAAAAUGCAAAUCAGUAUUUUCAUUCAGACAAUGGGACCAUUAUUAUUAAUUUUUUUAUAAUCACUUUAUUUUAAUUCUGCUUUUGAAACAAACCAAGGAUUUUCAUUUUUUAAAGAAUUCUUUUAUUUUGAAGAUAUUGAUAGUUGUUCAUUUCAGUUAGAAACAGAGCACUAGAUGUUCUUCAAGUCGCUGAGAAAUCGUCUCGGAAGUCUGCGUUCUGUCCUUUUAAGGUGUCUAAUCAAUGUUACAUGUGUGAUCUAACGCCACAAUAAAUGAAGUAUGUAUUUGCA